CGACGAGGGCCGUAAUGGCGGCGGAGGCUGAGGAGGAGGGCCUGCUGGCGUCCGUGUUGGAGGCCGGCGUGUGGGCGGGCGGCGAUGGCGGCGACGGAGCCCGCGAGUCGGUGGUGCGGUACCUGCGGGAGCUGAGCGGGUCGGGGCUGGAGCGGCUGCGGCGGGAGCCGGAGCGGCUGCGGGAGGAGCGGGCCCAGCUGGGCCAGCAGACGCGGGCCUUGGCCUGCCGCAACUACCAGACCUUCAUCCGCGGCGCCCGCUGCACCCAGCAGGUCCACGGGCUCUUCGCCACCGUGGAGGACGCGCUCGCCCGCCUGCUCGCCCGCCUGCCCGACUUCCAGCACCGCUGCAGGAACUUUGUGAAGGAAGCAGAGGAGAUUGGUUCCAGCCGCCGUAUGAAUAGCCUGACGUUGAACCGGCACACGGAGAUCCUGGAAAUCCUGGAGAUCCCUCAGCUCAUGGACACCUGUGUCCGCAAUGGCUACUACGAGGAGGCCCUGGAGCUUGCCGCUUACGUGCGCCGGUUGGAGAGGAAGUACUCUGCUAUUCCCGUUAUCCAGGGCAUCGUGAACGAGGUCCGCCAGUCCACGCAGCUGAUGCUGAGCCAGCUGAUCCAGCAGCUGCGCACCAACAUCCAGCUCCCGGCCUGCCUGCGAGUCAUCGGCUACCUGCGGCGCAUGGACGUCUUCACCGAAGCGGAGCUGCGCAUCAAGUUCCUGCAGGCGCGCGACGCGUGGCUGCGCUGCAUCCUGGCGGCCGUCCCCGGCGACGACCCCUACUUCCACAUCACCAAGACCAUCGAGGCCUGCCGCGUCCACCUCUUCGACAUCGUCACGCAGUACCGGGCCAUCUUCUCGGACGAGGAGCCGCCGCCGCCGCCGCCGCCCCCGGCCGCGGGCGAGCGCCCCGUGAACGAGAGUGCCAUCUUCCACGGCUGGGUGCUGCAGAAGGUGUCGCGGUUCCUGCGAGCGCUGGAGGCCGACCUCCGCCGGGGGGUGGGAGGCCGCCUGGACUCCCUCCUGGGCCAGUGCAUGUACUUCGGCCUGUCCUUCAGCCGGGUGGGGGCCGAUUUCCGCGGCCAGCUGGCCCCCGUGUUCCAGCAGGUCGCCGUGGGCACCUUCAGGAGGGCCGUCGACGAAGCGGUGGAGAAGUUCCGGGAGGAGAUGAACUGCUACACCCUGAUCUCCGCCCCGGCCAUCCUGGGCAGUACCGCGCCCCCCGGACCCCCCGGCACGCAGCCCGGGACCCUGCAGCCGCCCAUGGUGCUCCUGGAUUUCCCGCCCCUCGCCUGCUUCCUCAACAACAUCCUGGUUUCGUUCAACGAGCUGCGCCUCUGUUGCCCCGUGGCUCUGGCCCGGGACGUGACGGUGUCUCUGGAGGACGCUCUUGUAAAGGUGACAGAGAUCAUCCUGGCCUUCCACAGGGCGGAGAAGGCGGCCUUCAGCAGCCGGGAGCAGGAGCUGUUCGUCCAGUUCUGCACCGUCUUCCUGGAAGACUUGGUCCCCUACCUCAAUCGAUGUCUUCAGGUCCUUUUCCCACCGGCUCAGAUUGCACAGACUUUAGGUGUCCCCCCCACUCAGCUCUCCAAGUUUGGGAAUCUCGGACACGUGAACGUCAGCGUGGUCCAGGAGCCGCUGGCCUCUGUCCUGCCAAAGAGGGAAAUUGUCUUCCCUCCGGACGAAAAGGAGCUUCUCCCGGAGCCCCCGGGAGCGAGUUCGGAACUUCCGGAACCGGAGCGGACUCCGGAACCCGCCAGCCAACCUUCCCUCGGGACCAAUGGAGAGCCUGUGGUGUGGCCGGCCGGCGUCAUCCAGCACGAGAUGGACGACUUGCAGGGCAUCCCCUACGUUGAUAAAAUGGACAGCAGGACUUUCACAAACGUACGGUGGGUGGAGGCGAAUGACCGAAUUCCCCCUCUCCUGAUCGCUCCUUCCUCACACAAUUUCCUGGAUCUCCGGCUUCAGGUCGAGCUUCUCGGGAUUUGGGGCUAAGUAGUGUGAAAUGGGAAAAUGAAGCAAGACUGUUAGGACGUGUUGGGAAUACCGUAUAAGCAGAAGAAAGUCUGAGAGAGUGUAGGGGUGGAAGAAAGCGUCUGAAGCUUUGUUACCUAAGCCUCGGAAAGGCCCUGUCUACCGCCUCCAAAUUCUGAAUAUUGUGGUCCCAGAGUAGGCCAGCGAAGCAGAGCUAGAAUUGGUCUGCCUCAUCGGGAGAAAUAAUCUGACCACGUUCAGGUGAGUGGACUCGGCUACAAGAGAAGGAGCAAAGGGGAAGCACCAGUUAAAAUUCAGGGUCACUUGUUUGUGCUCAAUAAAUAUUUAUUGUUG